AAAAUAUUCAAAUGUCGUCUCCACCACGCGCCCGACGAUGCCCUAAUUUUUUUAAUUUCCGGCGUGUGGUUCCCCACCCCUACCCACCCACCAACCGCCCACCACACGUUUUGGGUCGCCUCUACGACCUAGCACAGGACAUCUUCUUCCUGCCGGCCAUUUAACAGUACAAAAACCUCUCUUUUAUGAUCUCUUAGAAGUUUUCCAAGGGUGCAGAAUUGAAAGGAAGUGAGGGUCGGCGUUAAGGGAAGGCCUGAAGAAGAGAAGAGCUAGUCCUGCUAUCGGUAAUCCUUGAUUCUCUCAGGAGUCUGUUGCUGCAGUUGCUGAUUUGAUCCAUGGCUGCUUCGACGACGCCAGCCUUCACGACCUCUCUCGCGAUUGCGAAGCCGGGUUCCUUUAUUUUUCUCAGGAGGUCGGGUGGAAGCUUCGAAAUCGGAAGCUUCGCGGUGCCGCCGCGGAGCAGGGGAUUAAGGAGAAGAGGGGUAAGGUGCGAAGCGGCCUUGAAUUUUAGAGUGAAAGUUUCAUCCGAUUCUAGGGCUUCCAGUAUUUCCGCGCUCGAGCAGUUCAAGGCCCUCGGCAGCGACCGAUACAUGAAGGAAAGGAGUAGCGUUGCUGUUAUAGGACUGAGCGUUCAUACUGCGCCUGUGGAGAUGCGAGAAAAGCUUGCUGUUCCUGAAGCUCAGUGGCCCCGCGCCAUUGGAGAGCUAUGCAACCUGAACCAUAUAGAGGAAGCGGCUGUUCUUAGCACCUGCAACCGAAUGGAGAUUUAUGUGGUCGCUCUAUCUUGGAACCGCGGAAUCAGAGAAGUGAUGGAAUGGAUGUCAAAGACAAGUGGGAUUCCUGUUUCUGAGCUUAGAGAUCAUCUUUUUUUGCUGCGUGAUAGCGACGCCACAAGACAUUUAUUUGAGGUUGCAGCUGGCCUUGAUUCUCUAGUCUUAGGGGAGGGCCAAAUCCUCGCUCAAGUAAAGCAAGUGGUUAAGGUUGCUCAAUCAAGCGGAGGUCUCGGAAAGAACAUCGACCGGCUUUUCAAGGACGCAAUCUCCGCCGGAAAAAAGGUUCGCACUGACACCAACAUUUCUUCCGGCGCUGUCUCUGUCAGCUCCGCUGCCGUCGAACUCGCCUUAAUGAAGCUCCCAGCUUCCCAUGCCCUCUCAGCCAGAAUGCUCCUGGUCGGUGCCGGCAAGAUGGGGAAGCUUGUAAUCAAACAUCUAGCCGCCAAAGGGUGCAAAAGAGUUGUCGUUGUUAAUCCUUCAAUGGCGAAGGUCAACGCCAUUCGUGACGAACUGGAAGAUAUCGAAAUAAUCUACAAACCUCUUACUGAAAUGCUCUCUUCCGCCGCAGAAGCUGAUGUUGUCUUCACCAGCACUGCUUCAGAGACACCAUUAUUCUUGAAAGAACAUGUAGAAAACCUUCCUCCUGUGAGCAAAAGUGUGGGUGGAUUUAGGCUUUUUGUUGAUAUAUCUGUUCCCAGGAAUGUAGGAUCAUGCGUCUCUGAUGUCCAAACCGCAAGGCUGUACAAUGUUGAUGAUCUUAAAGAGGUGGUGGAAGCCAACAAAGAAGACAGAUUGAGGAAGGCAAUGGAAGCCCAAGCCAUAAUCACGCAGGAGAUGAAGAGCUUUGAGGCAUGGCGAGACUCGCUGGAAACCGUGCCGACGAUAAAGAAACUGAGGUCUUAUGCCGAGAGAAUCAAAGCCGCCGAACUUGAGAAAUGCAUGCAGAAGAUGGGGGACGAUGUUCUGACAAAGAAGGUGAGGAGAGCUGUCGAAGAUCUUGCCAGCGGCAUCGUGAAUAAGCUUCUGCAUGGACCUCUGCAGCACCUGAGGUGCGACGGCAGCGAUAGCAGAACUCUUGAUGAGACAUUGGAGAACAUGCAUGCGCUGAACAGAAUGUUCAGUCUUGAUACAGAGAAAGCUAUUCUGGAGCAGAAAAUCAAAGCGAAGGUGGAGAAAGUUCAGAGCUGAAAAAUUGAUGAAAAAAAUUUGAUUUUUUUUGAUUCAGAUUGAUAUAGUCCUCUACUAUGUAGCCAUUGUUGUCUCCUGAAGGUUUUGGUUGAGUUGGCCAAGUCUAUAGAGUGGGGAUCAACUGUGCAGCAGGUGUUUUUAACUUAAAUUUGUUUCAGUUUUUUCCUGAAAACUGAGCGAGCUCCUGAUUUGAGGUAAGACUAUCUUAAGUUAUGUUUAAUGAGUUUGUUUAACUCAGCUUUGUGUAUCAUCUAUUCAAAAUGUUAAUAAUGGGAAAUUUUGAUUCA